AUGUCUGACGAGCCGCUAGCGCUCCCUUCUUUGACCAAGUGUCUAGGGGUCGGUUGCGAGAACCAUGCUGGAGCUCUACAGUGCCCGACAUGUUUGAAGAUAGGCCAGAAGGACAGUUAUUUCUGCACCCAGGACUGCUUCAAGAGAAACUGGGACCAGCAUAAAAGCGUACACAAAACUGCGCAAAGCAAGAUGCAAAACAGUGCUGGUCACAAGACUGUCCCUUCAAAGAGAAAGGCGGAACUCAACACUGGGCUUUUCAAUCCGUUCCCGAUGUUUGCCUUUACCGGCUCUGUCCGACCUGUCUAUCCACUUUCUGCGAAACGUCUUGUGCCCAAGUCAGUUCAGCACCCUGACUGGGCGGUCACUGGUAUACCCAAGGGCGAAAACCGUUUACACAGAACCAAGAUUGCCAUCCUAGAUGCCGAGGGGCAAGAGGCAAUGCGCAAAGUCUGCCGGUUCGCUCGAGAAGUACUAGACAUCGUUGCUGCAGAAGUUAAACCAGGCGUUACUACAGACUAUCUGGAUGAGGUCUGCCAUAAAGCUUGUGUAGAACGGAAUUCGUAUCCUUCUCCGUUAAACUACAACCGCUUUCCUAAAUCAAUUUGUACUUCUCCGAACGAGGUCGUUUGCCACGGCAUACCCGACCAGCGAGUCUUAUUGGACGGCGAUAUUCUCAACCUCGAUGUUUCGCUCUAUCACAGGGGCCACCACGCUGAUGUUAACGAAACCUAUUAUGUGGGCGAUCGAGCCAAGGCGGACCCAGACUCAGUCCGGGUGGUUGAAACGACACGGGAAUGCUUAGAUGAGGCAAUCAAGCUCGUGAAGCCCGGCACGCCAAUAAGGGACUUUGGCAACGUCAUCGAGAAGCUUGCCAACCACAGAGACUGUAGAGUCAUCCCUAUCUGGGGAGGCCAUGGAAUUAACACGGAAUUUCAUCCACCGCCGUGGAUACCUCAUUAUGGCAAGAACAAGGCAGUGGGAAUCUGCAAACCGGGAAUGGCAUUCACCAUUGAGCCUAUACUGACGUUGGGAAAACCUCGGGACGUUGAUUGGCCAGAUGGGUGGACAAAUGCAACUGUCGACGGCAAACGGACUGCCCAAUUCGAACAUACCUUGUUGGUUACAGAAACCGGUGUUGAGGUUCUAACUGCACGAGACGCGGAUUCUCCAGGGGGCCCAAUAGCGAUGCCAGCGAUGGCUCAUGUCCAAGUUUAA